AUGUUGAGAUUAAAUAAUGUGAGAUUUUUUUUUAAAAGCAAAGUUAGAUUCAGUGGUGGUAAACAACAUCCUAAAUGGGUUGUAAAAGAUAAAGAAAAAUACAACGUCUUUACGUAUGAUAAUUCAUAUUAUGGAGAAAAUUUCAGAUAUAAUAACUUUAUAUUACAUAUAAGAUCAUACAAAUAUUAUAUUAAUUACAUUGUAGAAAAUAUUUACAAAACUCUGAAAUGUUGUUGUAGAUUUUGCUUUAAUCCAAUAAAAAAUUUUAUUUUAAAACAUAACCCUGACAUUCGUUAUCAAUUAAUAGCCCUUUUGGCCUUUUUGGGAACCACUUCUAUUAUAACUACAUAUCAUAAUAACAUUUACCAAAACAUUAUAGAUGUAACAAAUAUGCUAGAGCUAGGAGUAGUAGAUGAUAUGAAAGAAAAUAAUUUUUUUGAUACACAUAGCGAAUUGCAAAAUAAAAAUAUUGAUGAUUAUAGUCAAGAUCAUGAAAGACUUACAGAUUUAUGGGAAAAGGCAUUGAAAGAUGCAACACAGAAAAAUAGUUUUAAUCAAUUAUGUCAAUAUUUAAUCAUAAAAGAUGAUGAAUCAAUAGUCAACUUUAAACCAAAACAUAUAUGGAGAUAUAAUAUGAUACCUUAUGGGGAAAAUAAUCCUGACACCAAAACAUUUGCAAUUCCAUCAUCUGAAAAACCAUUUAGAUCAUUUGCUUUAAAUUUUACGUACAAUAAUUUAUCUGGAAAUUGGGGAGAUUAUGUUGACAGAAGAGAUAAUAAAGGAUCUUUACUUAGACCAUCAAGAUAUAUGUUUACAGAUGUAUUAAUACCCGCAACCAAAUAA